CAUUUCGGAAGGGGAUUUAACUACUUGAGGGAAAGGCUGUUGCUGCAGGAGCCACAGAGGCAUUGGUUAUAAGGGCCCCUUCAAACUCAUGCCCUGAGCUUGUCAACAGGUGUCAGAGAGAGAAGAAAUAGAGUGACAGAUUCUCAGGCUUUCAGAAGAGGGAGUCACAGGGAACUGCAACGCCAUGACCACUAGACUUCACUGGCUCACAAGAGCCCUAUGCCUGAUAAGCAUACUGUGCACUGUCACUUCCAAGUAUGUGACAGAAGAUUAUUCAUCCCCUGCUGAGAAAGAAGUCACCUUCAGCCACGUCUAUAAGAUUGACCUGGCCAAGAGCCCUGAGUGUAAACUCGCCUUGCAGACCCUCCCUUCCCAACAGGACCAGUUUUCAGGCCUGCAAGAGCUGGAAGGGGGCGCUACUCUGGAGGGGGAAAACAACAUCGUUUUCAGGCACCAAAUCAACCUCAAGACCCCAAAGUGUGACUGUGAUGAGUCGGAGAGCUUUACGUCUCUGCUGUACAGAGUCAACGGGCUGGAGGAGGAGGUGGAACAUCUGAAGAGUCAGUGCUCCCAGGGCUGCUGUGGUGGAAAAGGUGGUGGAGCAGGAGGUGUGGACACUAGCUGUAGUGGCCACGGGACCUACCAGCACAACACCUGCAGUUGUCAAUGCAACCCUAGCUGGGAGGGUCCUGACUGCUCCAUUUCCACCUGUCCUGAUGAGUGCAACGACAACGGCCGCUGUGUGGAUGGCAAGUGUGUCUGCCACGCUGGCUAUACGGGGAGUGACUGCAGCCAGCUGAUGUGCCCAGGCGACUGCAACGAUAAGGGACACUGCGUGGACGGCAAGUGUGUUUGCUUCAGCCACUUCACUGGCGAGGACUGCAGCGAACAGAAAUGCGAUCCUGACUGCAUCCACGGCACCUGCGUGAACGGAAUGUGUAUCUGUGACGAAGGCUUCUUUGGGGAAGACUGCUCUACAGUGUCGGGCCCUAACGGCCUGCGUCUGGUAAGGGUGACUGAUAAUUCUCUGUUGGUGGAAUGGGAGGCUGUGAAAGCAGCAGAGUACUACAUCCUGACCUGGCACCCUGAGGGCAAUGAGGCAGAGCUGGAGCAGUUCACCGUGCCCAACACAGAGACCUCCUACCUGAUCACAGGACUCAGCCCAGGUGUCACCUACAUAGUGCAGGUGUACGCUGUCAUCAAGGAGAUCCAGAGCGAGGGGGACAGGAUCGAGGCGACCACAGAGGUGUCUGGUAUUGAUGGUAUCCGGGUAUUGGGCCAGACUGAGGACUCUAUCCAGGUGGACUGGCAGAACCCUGCAGCACCUCUGGACCAUUUCAGACUGACCUAUGCUAACCCUGACGGGCAGGAGGAGGAGCAGAACGUACCAAUGAGUGCAGAGGCCAGGACCACCCACACCAUCGUAGGACUGCAACCUGGCACUGAGUACCUCAUCACAGUGCAAGGCAUCAAAGGGACCAUCGAAGGGAAAGCCUCCUUCGCCACCGGGGUCACAGAUCUUGACGAUCCUACUAACCUCUUGACCAAAGAAGUGACAGAGGAUACCGCUACCGUGGAAUGGCAGAAGGUACAAGCAGAGAUCGACGGCUACGUGAUCAGCUACAGCUCUGCGGAGGGCUCCAGUGGGGAGAUAUCUGUUGGGCCAGACAGCACCUCAUACAGGCUGACUGGGCUGAGGCCUGGAGUUAUCUACACAGUCUACAUUGGGGCUGUCAAGGGCUCCCGGGUCAGCAGGAAGAGCUCCACAGAAGCUGAGACAGAACUAGAUGUUCCUACUAACCUGUUGACCAGAGAAGUGACAGAAGACACAGCGACAGUAACAUGGGAUAAAGUCCAGGCUGAAAUCGACGGCUACCUGAUCAGCUACAGCUCUGCUGAGGGCUCCAGUGGGGAGAUCCCUGUUGGGGCAGACAGCACCUCAUACAGGCUGACUGGGCUGAGGCCUGGAGUUAUCUACACAGUCUACAUCUGGGCUGUCAAGGGCUCCCGGGUCAGCAGGAAGAGCUCCACAGGAGCUGAGACAGAACUAGAUGUUCCUACUAACCUGUUGACCAGAGAAGUGACAGAAGACACAGCGACAGUAACAUGGGAUAAAGUCCAGGCUGAAAUCGACGGCUACCUGAUCAGCUACAGCUCUGCUGAGGGCUCCAGUGGGGAGAUCCCUGUUGGGGCAGACAGCACCUCAUACAGGCUGACUGGGCUGAGGCCUGGAGUCAUCUACACAGUCUACAUCUGGGCUGUCAAGGGCUCCCGGGUCAGCAGGAAGAACUUUGUUGACGCUGAGACAGAUUUGGAAGCUCCUACUAACCUGUUGUCCAGAGAAGUGACAGAGGACACAGCUGAUGUGUCGUGGGACAGACCUUUAGCGGACAUUGAUGGCUACCUGAUCAGCUACAGCUCUGCUGAGGGCUCCAGUGUGGAGAUCCCUGUUGGGGCAGACAGCACCUCCUACAGGCUGACUGGGCUGAGGCCUGGAGUCAUCUACACAGUCUACAUCUGGGCUGUCAAGGGCUCCCGGGUCAGCAGGAAGAGCUCCACAGAAGCUGAGACAGAAAUUGACGCACCAAAAAACCUGAAAGCAUCGGAUGUUAAACUGAAUGUAGCUACCCUGACCUGGACUGCUCCCUUAGCCAGAAUCGAUGGCUACAUCCUCACAUUGAGAGCUGAGGAUGGCAGUUUGAAGGCUGUGGAGAAGAAGCUGAGGGCAGGAGAGAGCAGCUUUGCCUUAUCGGGCCUGGAGAAAGGAAAGAACUACAUUGUUACCCUCCUUGCUUACAGAGGACCAAAGAGGAGCAGAGUGAUAGAGAUCACAUUCAAAACAGUGGGUUUGUUGUACCCAUUCCCCAUGGACUGUACUCAGAUUAAGAAGAAUGGUAACGUGGCAAGUGGAAUCUACACCAUUUACGUCAACAGUGAUCGCACCAAGCCCAUGGAGGUGUACUGUGACAUGGACACUGAUGGCGGUGGAUGGGUGGUGUUCCAGAGACGCAACAAUGGACAGAUGGACUUCAUGAAGCGCUGGAGACAGUACAUGGCUGGUUUUGGGAACAUGACUGAUGAAUUUUGGCUUGGUCUGGACAAUAUCUAUGAGCUGACCAAUACUCCCACGCAGUACGAGCUGCGAGUGGACCUUGGUGUGGGUUCAGAGAAGGCCUAUGCUGUCUAUGACAACUUCAAGAUAGCCCCGGCUAAGCAGAAGUUCAAUCUGACCAUCGGUGAAUACAGUGGAACAGCAGGCGAUGCCAUGAGCUACCAUCAAGGUCGCCCCUUCUCCACGGUUGACAAUGACAAUGACAUUGCUCUUGGUAACUGUGCCCUGACACAUCGUGGUGCAUGGUGGUACAAAAACUGUCACCUUGCCAACCUCAACGGCAAAUUCGGAGACAACAGACACAGCAUGGGUGUGAACUGGGAGCCAUGGAAGGGUCACCUGAUGUCUCUUGAUUUCACUGAGAUGAAGAUUCGGCCUGUGGGCACUGCCAGGAAGAGGAGGUCGCUUAGAAGCAGUACAGCUCCCAGAAAAUAGUCCCUCUGAUGAACUAAAGCAGUCAAUGGGAACCUCAUUACAAACCAGGCAAAGUAGCUAGAACCUCAAACCAGGAACAUCAAUCUAUCUCAAGACUAUUGUAACUUACUUUAUGUUAACAUAUCAUAUGGCUGCAGCCAUAAACGUCUUUAUUUUUCAUAGGAUAUUUGUAUUAUUGGUUUAUUUCAUAUAUAUUAUGAACAAGUGAACUGCAACUUUCACUGUAUAGUGUUAUCACAUGGGCAAAGUAAAAGGAUUUCGUAUCUUGGCUCUGUCCUAAAGCGGCAUUCCUCGCAGACGUAGAUUCUUAGCAAAUGACCUCUGUCCUAUUGUACUGUAUAUGAUUACAUUUUAUAGGCUGGCUCCAUGGCAUAAAACAGUCACCAUAUUCAUAACACUGUCUGCUCCUAUUAUGCAUAAUCAGUUAGAUCACCAAAUGAUACCGUGUUUUUAGAAUAGUUAUACUGCUCUUGUUCACAUUCAUAACAUAGCAUAGACCCUGACUCUCUGUUCUAAGUUCUGGUCUCUGGCCUACCCAGCCUACAGAGUUAGCUACAUUUCACAUUUCAGAUGUUAUGCAUAAGAAAUAGAAUGUAUGACAUGCUCCUUUGUAAGAUUGUAUUUUCAAGUGUGUAUUGUAAUUGUGUCGUUCCACGAAGAGUGCCUUUUGCGUCCCUUUGAUAUUUUAAGUAGAAAUUAAAAACCUGCUAUAUUAAAUGAAGUGCCCUUUAAUAUAGACCACAUGGAGAAUUCAAUCAAUCGGAUUCCUAAAAUGAAUAUAGGCUUGCUAAAAUGCCAAAAUUCAGCAUUUUGACAUGUCCCUCCAUCCACCUUGUGUCACUUCUAGGAAGAUUUUAACCCACUUAAUCCCAAAAGGUCUCCAAGUUUCACCAUCAUUGUAAAGCCCUACUUAAAGUGUUGCUAUGACAGUCAUUUCUGAAGACUAUUAUGUAUUUCAUGUGAUUAGUGAUUCAUUUACAUCUGUCCCUCGUUUUAAGGUCAACACUGUUAUGUGAACUGAACACGGUUUUUGCAGAAGAAACAUUGAAUAUCUAAUAGUCAAAUCAUAGAGUAAAAUAUUUUAUUGGCCAUUUUCUGGUGUUUUGUGGUGUCAAGCAUAACAUGUCAACCUUUUUACCCAUAGAUUGACAGGCUAUAAAUGUUUCAACAAGUUCA